AAUCUUAAUAAAAGAUUCUCAAGUGUAUACAUAUUUCGGGUGAGAAUAACUUGGAUAUAAAAGUAAAUAAUGGGCAGUCCAAAUAAGCUGAGGAAUAUUUUUCAUAACAAAAUUACUUUGUUCAAUACAUCGUUAAACUAUGGAUUGGACCUAUGAGCGUCGCUAGAAGUAAAUCUGCAAUGGAGAGUCGAAAAUUAUUGUUCGCGGAGUCAUCGGCCGCUCAAAUACCGUUGAAGAAGCAUUAUGGAUUUGAACCAGAGUGAGCUGCAAGCGGUGAACAGAAGAAGGUCAGACGGCCUCCGCGAAUUCAUGCUUCAGGACCAAGAUCAACUAUAGGUUCUUUGCCAUCGCAUGUCGGAACUAAUAGCACCAAACACCGAGGACUGAUGAUGUGCCACACGAAGUCCUGCGCUUCUGGUUCACACGCGAAUCUCUACUGGCAACAAGGACUUUUCGAGAUUCCCGUGAAAUAUCAAGAAUCCGAUAAAGAAAUUACGAAGAACUCAAGGACUAUUAAUACUUAAUGUCGAAGCGGGCCGUAUAGUAUGGUGCAAAAAGAGAAAAUGAUACGCGCGUUUGAAGAUUUGCCGAAAAUUAAACGUAAACGGUUAUUAUGACGGAGUGUGUGAAGUAAAACUAUAAAGAUGUUAAAGGAACUGACUUGAAUACAGUGGUAAUUUGUGGAACUGAACGAUGUGGAACUGAGUUUGUGAAUGAUGCCUGAUCGCGAGUCGGUAGGUCCGGGGACAACAGGUAGCGGUGGCUUCUUGCCACUUCAGUUCCCGUCGGCUUUCGCGGCGUUCCACGCGACCACGCCCCCCGGCGCACAGGCAUCCGCCAUGCACCACGCCACGCAUUACCAUCACCAUGCCCAGCUGGCGGCGGCGGCGGCGGCUGCGGCGGGCGCGACCACCGAGCUGAGCUACCUCGCCGCCUUACACCCCGCGUACCGCCCCGUGCCCUACGACCAUCCGCUAUACGGGACCAAUACUUUACGAGGUUUAGAAUAUCUAAGUGCAGCGAGAAGUUUACACCCUGAGUUACACGCAGGAAGUACGCUCGCCAGUCAAGACUUUCAGCUGAGUUUGGAAGGAUCAAGAAUAGCAUCACCGACAAGAUUAAGAUUGUCAGGGGGCGCGAUAAGUGCGUCAGCGAACCGUAAACGGGCUGUAUCCUGGAGUCCUUAUUCUGCAGAGUCGCUGGACCUGGCGGCCGUCAUCCGCGCCUCGCCCGCCAGCCUCGCCGUCAGGGCGCCCUCCGCCGCCUCCACCGGCAGCUAUGGCCACCUCAGUGCUGGUGAGGAUUGGAUUAAGUCUUUCGGUGCGAUAUCACCAGCACUGUCGCUGUCGCACGCCUCGCUGGCGCAGCAGUUGCUGGCGCGUGGCGGUGUGGUUGGUGGCGGCGGCGUGCUGGCUGGCGGCGUGCUGCUCGACCCCGCGCACCAGCAGGCGGCUGCUGCGGCAGCACAUCAUGCGGCACACGCGCAUCUUGUAGCGGGGAUACAUAGAUCUCACAUAUCCUCGCCGACGCAGCUGCUACUCAGCGGCGCGGGCGGCGGCGCGGUGGAGGUGCGCGGGGGCUUGGCGCUGGACACCGCGCACAUGCAGCCACACCAGCAGCCGGAGAUCACCAGCGUUAUGGAGGCUGACAGCGCAUCAACGGCGUUGAAUCAAAGGAAGUCCCCGCAGAGUGUGAUGUCACACAGAGAGAUGCACAGCAACAAGCCGCUGUCGGCCGCCGCCGAGAGCACCGUGCACGACGGACUCGACUCCAAGGACGAGCCCGGAGACUUCAUUGAAACCAACUGCCAUUGGGUGGAUUGUAAACUAGAGUUUCCAACACAAGAUGAUCUGGUGAAGCAUAUAAACACGGACCACAUCCAUGCCAGCAAGAAAGCGUUUGUGUGCCGCUGGGUGGGCUGCUCGCGGGACGAAAAGCCCUUCAAGGCUCAGUAUAUGCUGGUUGUGCAUAUGCGGAGGCAUACGGGAGAGAAACCACACAAGUGUACUUUCGAGGGCUGCUGCAAGGCGUACUCGCGGCUGGAGAACCUGAAGACGCACCUGCGCAGCCACACCGGGGAGAAGCCCUACACGUGCGAGUACCCCGGCUGCGCCAAGGCCUUCUCCAACGCCAGCGACCGCGCCAAGCACCAGAACAGGACUCACAGCAACGAGAAACCGUACGUGUGUAAAGCGCCGGGCUGCACCAAGAGGUACACGGACCCCUCGUCUCUGCGCAAGCACGUCAAGACAGUGCACGGCGCUGAGUUCUACGCCAGUAAGAAGCACAAAGGCUGCAGUCGCGGCGACGACUCUGCGGAGUCCGGCGGCGGCGGCGCGGGCUCCUCGCCGCGCUCCGAGGAGGGCGGCGCUCCCGCCGGCCGCGGACACGCCUCCUCCGCCUCCGUCAAGAGCGAGAGUCCUGCCUCGCCGCUGCCGCACAGCUUGCACACUCCUGCGCAUCAGUUGUCAGCUCAAUGCGGCGGAGAGCUGGACUUCGGUGGCUCCGGACUCGGCGGCUUUAGUGAUGAGAAUGGCGCUCCAUACUUUAGACUUGAUGGCGAUGUGGAACAAGAAGUGGUGGGCGAGGUGGGGCAGCUGCCGCUGAUGCUGCGCGCCAUGGUGGCCAUCGGCUCCCCGCGCGCGCACGCGCCGCGCUUCGGACACAAGAUGGCGGCCGGCGCGCGCCUGCUGCACCCGCACGACCUGCCCGCGCCCGCCGCGCCCGCCGCGCCAGGUAUCCCAGGUCGUACGGAGCUGGGCAGCACUAACGUGGCCGUGGAGCUGAAGACCGGCCUCCCCAACACGAGGCGGGACUCCGGCAUCUCGUCUGGCAGCAGUCUGUACAGCGCUAGGUCGUCAGAUAUAUCUCGCAAGAGCAGCCAGGCGUCGGUGGUGUCUGGCGCGGUGGGCGCUAUGGGCGCGAUGGGCGCGGUGGGCGCGGGCGCGGCGCCGCGGCUGCUCGCGCAACACAACGUCUACGACCAGCUGUCACCGGAUAGUAGUCGAAGAUCUAGUCAAGUGUCGUGUGUGGGGUACGCGCCGCCGCCCUCCUCCGCGCUCGCCGCCGUGCAGGCCGUCAGGACCUCGCAGGGGAAUCAGGCGGUGCUGCUGCGCGGCGUGACGUGCUCGGAGGUGCGCGCGGAGGAGCUGGCGCUGGAGCUGGAGGCGGAGGUGCAGGUGAAGCAGGAGGCGCGCCGCCUGUCGGAGCACUCCAACCUGAGCGACCAGCACGCCUACCAGCCUUACCCCUGCGCCGCUGAUGAAGUCGGCGACGCUCCAUUCCAAUUCAAAACGGAGGACGAGCACGAGGCCGUCACUUACAAGGAGUCGCGCUCCAACUCCACUAACACGGUCGUAACCACCGCGCAAGUACACCAUCCCAACCAGGAGGUCAACUUGGAACAGGUGGCGGAAGGUGAAAUGGUGGAGAACAAGCUGGUGAUACCAGACGAGAUGAUGCAAUAUCUUAACCAAUCAAUAUUGGCCACCGACACGGUAACACCAGCUAAGACGGACCCCUCAGCCGCCAGCGACCCCGACUCAAAGGACAAGGACCCGCCGACCAAAGACAACGCCGGUGACAAGAACACGAACAAUUCCAGUGACAAAAUCAGUGAUGUCGCCACCAGUGACGAUUCCCUCCUCAAAAACUUAGGUGCCAUAGGAAGUGAUCUCAACAUAAGUGAUAUUCCAGUCGAUUUAAGAUCUUUAGACGUUAGUAUGUCUGGUAACAGCGGCUCUCUUCUAGCUAAAACUCCGGAAGACAAAAGCGCUCCACUCCAGGAGCAAGUCAUACCUGAAGUCGUAACGGAGAAAUGCGACCAGGAUUACACCAAACCGCCGACAAGCAACACACCGAAUAAUCCGUUACAAUCUCUGCAAACGAUGACAGCGAAUCAAACGGAACAAUCGAAUAGGAUGCGAAUAAAUAAUCCUCUACCUCAGAAGACGGCGAUGAGCCCGAAGACAAUAGUGAUGACCCCUCAGAAUGUCCUCAGCCCGAGCCUAGCUCAUAGCAUGCUCAGUCCACAGAGUCUGCCGCACAGUGCCAUGAGCCCACAAAGUGGGAUGAGCCCACACAAUCUCCAGAGCGGAAUGAGUCCGCACAUGCCUCACGUCAUGAGUCCCCCCAGUGUGUACAACGUCAUGAGUCCUCAAAGUGUCAUGAGCGUCAUGUCGCCUCAACACAACGCAAUGAGCCCUCAGAGCAUGCAAAGUCUCAUGAGUCCACAGAUGCCGAAUCAAAUGAUGAUGAGUCCACGGCAUAACAAUAUAGGCAGUCCUAUGUCUCAGAACAUCGCCAGUCCCAUGAUGAAUAUAGCGAGUCCGAUGAGCCACGGUAUGGCCAGCCCCAUGCACCCUGGCCUGCAGAGCCCGCUCACCAGCCCCAUGGUGCAGAAUAUGUCAAACAUGACGAUGAACGGCACACCAGUACCCAACCAAACUCAGAAUGUUAUGAUAAAUAUGAAUCAACUCAACCAAAAUCAAAUGACUGCUGCUCCCUACGUGAAUAAUCGACAGACUUGCAACGCUAAAAUGCCAAAUAAAAAUUAUUCCAACGUUGCUCCUAAUCAGUACCAAAACCAAAACUACGGACCGGCACCUCCUUAUCCAGUACAGGUACAAAAUCAAAACAUGCGAAGUCAACAAAACAUGCAACAGUAUCAAAUGAUGCAAUACAACCAGAACCAAAUGCCGAGACAGGGACCGAUGCAGAACCAACCCAACAUGGCGUAUAAUAACCAAAUGUUGAACUACCAAUCCGUUAACUACCAUAAUCAAAUGCAAACAUCACGAUCCUCGGCGAUGAGCACCGACAACAGUACAAACAUGAGAACCAUGAACAGCUACUGCGACCAACUAAAUCAAAUGCCACCUCAAAAUCUUUACAACCAGAACAUUCAAUAUCCACAACCACCUCCGUACAACUCUGUUGUCAACGCGACCAAGGUGAUGGGACCUCCUCCACCCAAAAACAAUCACCAGUACAAUCAAGCGAUGAUGAACAACAACCAAUACUACAAUCAUCAACGACCUUACAACCAAUGGGAUUAUCCGGGAAAUCAGUUCAACAAGCACAACAUGCAAAAAUCGGUACAGAAUUCCGUGAACAUGUCUACGGGGAGUCAGAAACCGGUGAACGGGACUCGAGUAUCGGUGAACUGCAACCAAAUGAAAAACGACCAACAAACGGAUUGCAGUAUGAAUAGCGUUCGCAGUCAGAAUCAAACUAGUGAGGUGCAAGUAUGGGACAUUUCGCAAUCACAGAUCGAAGCUUCUAACGGUAGAAAGAAGAAUCAGAACACGAUGCGUCAAGACACGUACCAACGUACAUUAGAGUACGUGGAGAGUUGCGAGAACUGGAAGAGUUCGGAAAUGGUAUCGAGCAGCACACACCCGCUACAGGCUGACAAUAUGGUUGUAAACGACCUGCAGACCUCGCUGUCAUCAUUUUAUGAAGAAAAUCAAUAUUUACAAAUGAUACAAUAACACAAUUUUGGACUGAAAAUAAUAUGAAGUGAUAAACGAUCAAAUUUUUUAUCAAAUUACAUACUAAAAUAGUACAAAAACAUUUUGUUCGUUAUAAUGUCUCCGCUCCAACAUAAUGUAUUUCAAAGUUUAUUUUAAAAUAGUAUAUAUCACGUUGCUCUACAGACUGACUAAUUAUAAAUUUCUAAAUUUAGUUCGAUAUAAGAUUUUUCAAAGUACAUUAAUUUUGGAAUAAAAGAAAAGACAAAACUCUUCAAUUUCUGUAAAUAAUAUUAACUCUUAUAGAUCGUCUUCCAUGGUUAAUUAAGUACAAUAAUUAAUUUAAGCUUGUUAUAGUUAAUUAUUAUAAAUAAUAUUGUACAGUUAAGACAUUUAAUGUAACGAUACAAAGGUUGACAGUGCCUUAACUAUGAACAUAAAAUAGAAGUGCCUUUACAUGACGAUUUUAUCGACUUGUAGUUAUUUAAUUUAUAAUGAUCGUAGAAAGAAAAUAGUUUUAAAAUACAAGACAAAGGAAAGCUGACUGAAAGGACUGACCCUUUUGAUCGGUAAAAUGAGAUUUUUCUUCCUAUUGGGCCAUUGGAUCUAUGGAUUCGAUCGGUCCAAUGGGAAACACCUGACCGAUACAUCUAUAUGUUUGUUGAAUAGAAUUGGGGUCUUAUUAUGUAUAAAAUAAAAAUUGAAUUGUAAAAUGUUUUAAUGCCAUUUACAUUAUUUCAGUCCAGUUACCGGAUCCAGCUCUGGAAUACAACUGGAAAACAAUACUGAAACUUAAAUAUUGCAUUUUAGUGUGGGUUUACAACAUUCCAGUUGAAAGAACUGGAUCCGCUGGACUGGAAUAGGAUACAUUUUUAGACAAUAUUUUCUGAGUUAGAGCGAGCUAGCAAUACAGAAUUUCCUAAUGGUGCUUCAGAAGUGAAUCAACUCCAGUGAACAUAUGCAAGGUAAAACUUAACUUACUAUGACUUUUGACUGUCUUUACAAAUGUUUGAAAACAUGUUGAGAAUGUAUGGAAACAUGUUUUCUAACGGUUGUAAAGUCAGUAUCCUUAUGAUUAAUUUUUCUAUAGAAAUAUUGUACAAAUAUACACUUUUUUUUAGAAUUUUUUACAGGAUUGUUAAAUGUAAUUUUUCUAGUGUUAGUUAUUAAUUGUAAUCUUUUAUUUUAGCUUGUUAAUUAAUGCAAUAUUCUGAUACGUUUCUAUAACGUCGAAUCUCUUAGUUUAAUUUUUAUGAGAUUACUAGAUAAUAAGAUUUUGUUAUAUUUUUUAUUAUUUAAAUAAAGAUAAAUGGUACGCACAAAAUAGCGCUGUAACAGAACAAACUACUAUUUUGUAAUAAAUUAUUGUUUUUUUUUAAUAUUGUAAAAAUGCAUUUGUAAACCUGUGAACGAUAUU